ACUCCACAUGAUAUAAGCCCAGCCCCACAAAAACCAAACUUAAGCCAUGAAAAACUCAAAUAAAAUUGAACCUGAUUUUCCCAACCCGAUAACCAACCCAAACCCAGACGAUCUCAAUCGGAUUAUAUUUUUGUUGAACCGACCCAACCCGACCCGGAAACUAAACAUCUAUAAAAAGACCCUUUCUUCUACUAGUAUACUCAACUUCUCAAAUUAAAUAUCAUUUCCCCUCUCUCUCUCUAAAGAUGGGAAACUCCAUGCGUUUGUUUGCAACUUUCUUCCUUGUAGCAAUGAUGCUUUCCGCCACUGGACUAAUGACAAGUGUAGAGGCAAGAACUUGCGAGUCUCAGAGCCACCAUUUCAAGGGGAAAUGUCUUAGCAAUACUAAUUGUGGUUCCGUUUGCCGCACCGAAGGCUUCACUGGUGGCAAAUGCCGCGGCUUGCGCCAACGUUGUUUCUGUACCAGAAAUUGUUAAAGAAAAUGAUCUUUUCACUGGUGUCACUUUAAUUUUACCCUUUGUUAAAUUAAAGUGUAUCCACUUAUCAAUAAAAAGGACUGAGGACUAGAUAUAUAUGGUUGUACUUCAUGUUGUUUUGUUUACUUUUUAAAUAUUUAAUAAUUGAAAUGUACUGACUUAAUAAAUUCAGACU